UUACUACUCCUUCUCCAAGCGAGCAGCUCAAUCAAUUUGAUUAACAUGGAACUGAUAGACAGUCUGUGUGAGUUGGAGAGUCUCGGCGCCAAUCAUCAUCAUGAAAUCAUGGCUCUCUCCACUCACAGCUUGACUCGUCAUCAUCAUCAUGAUCAGCAACAACCUCAAGUCCCUGCAGCUAUGAACUUCAGCACUGAUCAUGGUCCUGAUAUUCAGAGAUUCUCUACUUCUCGUGAUCAAUACGAUCAUCAUCAUGUCCUAAUUGAUCAAUCAACAGCUACAGAGUUUGGAGAACAAGGCGAAAGGGAAAAGCCAUUGGGAGGAAGAAAGAGAAAGAGAACCAAUACUGACAAAGAUAUGGGCAAACCAAAGGAGGUCAUUCAUGUGAGAGCUAAGCGAGGCCAAGCAACUGAUAGCCACAGUUUGGCAGAAAGGGUAAGAAGAGAAAAAAUAAAUGAUAGACUGAGAUGCCUGCAAAAUCUUGUUCCAGGGUGCUAUAAGACAAUGGGAAUGGCGGUGAUGCUUGAUGUGGUUAUCAGUUACGUUCAGUCACUGCAGAAUCAAAUUGAGUUUCUCUCUAUGAAGCUAUCUGCAGCAAGCGCGUACUAUGAUUUCAAUUCACCAGGUCAUGCAGAUCCCGUUGACACAAUGCAGGGGACAAAUGCAUAUGAGGUACAAGAGAAUAUGGUAAGAUCAGAGCAAGGAUAUGGAGGAGGACUUCCUUUCAGCCAAUCAACACAAUGGCCUCUUUGAGUUCAACUUUCAGUUCAUAUGCCAUAACGUUAUUAAAGCUAGCACAACAUACAGUGUCGUCUCUCUUCGUACCACAAUAAAAAUUUCCUCUUUCGUGCUUAGUAUAUAUAUUUGUAGGUGCAAGACGAAUCUAGCUUGUUCCAUACUACGUACCUAUACAUGCAUUAUGAUCAAUAUCACAGUACUAAUAUAAGAGAAGCUUGAAGACUAUCAGUGUUUAUAUCAGUAUAUAUGUAUGAUUAUCAGCCCAAUUCUUCAUCGCAUCGGUAUAUAAUCAAUCAAGUUGAAUUCAACUAUUUAGUGAUUUUGGUCUUGUACAUAUCUUGUGUAUAAUCGACAUCCAUACCGAAAGGUUGAUAAAGCUAGCUAGGAACAGGUACAUUGC